UUAGUUAGCUGACUCCUUAUUGAGGGUGGCCGUGCAAGGAUAGCUCCCCUUCUUCAGCCGCCUGGUAGCUUUUCUAAUACACGGUUCAUCCAAAUAGCCUUCGUAUUCCUUUGAAUGAGCGAAAUUGCAUAAGAAGAAAUUUUUUUCAGAUUUUCCUCCACGGCUGUUUUUCCCAUUGCACCACGACUGAACCAGGGUAUACUGUUCAUUGGCUUAAUCUUUAGGGUAACAUUUGAUAAGUUACUUGAACACGAAUGAAUUGUGACUGUGGGAUAUAACGUUACGGAUUAGCUACCAUUAGGAACCGAUGUAGCUCGCAGUGACACGGAAGAAUCAGUACGCUGUGGCAUCGAAUCAUUAACGAUAUUGCACACGGAAUGAUAGAAGAGCAGCGCAAGAAUCAGAUGUUUAGUACGUGACACAAACAGAAUCGGAAAGCGGAUGAUCAGGGUCUUCACCUAAUCGACAGUGCGCAGUUAAGAGAUGCUGAACCAAAACCAAGCUUUCAAGAAAAAUUUCCAAGCCCCUGAUUAAAACAUCACCUCUAGUGUUUUAUGCUCCGAAUGCUUCGAUCACUUUUAUUAUUUUUGCGUGUGUAAUACGUUGGGCAGUUAUACAUAGCUUUUUUAAAAUUUUAAAUAUUGAAGGUUCUUCACAACCAAAAAGUGAAUUACUGAGCUAUCACAGCUAGGGAUCUGCAUCAAUGGCUUUUUUAACGAAGAAGAAGAAGUUCAAGUUUCAGACUCAUUUCACCCUGGAGGAACUAACGGCUGUGCCUUUCGUUAAUGGAGUUCUUUUCUGCAAGAUAAGACUACUAGACGGAGGAGACUUUGCAAGUGCAUCGUCCAGACAGGAGGUUCAGGAGCACAGUGUUCGCUGGAAGAAGAGGUUCUCUUUUGUGUGCAAGAUGAGCGCCAACCCUGCAACAGGUGUGCUGGACCCCUGCAUCUGCCGGGUCUCUGUCCGCAAGGAACUCAAAGGAGGAAAGACCUUCUCAAAGCUGGGCUUUGCUGACCUCAACCUGUCGGAGUUCGCUGGUUCGGGCUCUGCAGUGCGCUGCUGCCUUCUGGAGGGCUAUGAUACCAAGAACACUAGACAGGACAACUCCAUUCUGAAGGUAACGAUUGGGAUGACCCUGAUGUCUGGAGAUCCUUGCUUUAAAACGCCCCCCAGCACGGCCAAGUCCAUCUCCAUUCCGGGACAGGAUCACUCCCUGCAGCUGGACUGUAAGGGGGAAGGUACGGGGGCCACACCUGCUCCUGCUGGAGGGAUCACCAUGGGGCGCUCGCUGAAAUCCAGGCCUUCUGUUUUGAGCUCAGGUCUGCCAGAGGAACCAGAUCAGAAUUUGUCCAGCCCGGAUGAGGUGUUCCACACAGGCCACUCCCGCAAUUCCAGCUACGCCAGCCAGCAGAGCAAGAUAUCAGGUUACAGCACAGAGCACUCCUGUUCCUCCAGCCUGUCCGACCUCACCCACCGCCGGAACACUUCCACCAGCAGCAGUGCUUCUGGGGGGCUCAGCCUGAGCGUGGAGGGGCCCCCUGAGGGACAGGGGGAUCCCGGCCGCUCCGAAAGACCCCCUCGCCCUCCACGCCCCGUACUGCCAUCCAAUAGACUCUCAAGGAGGAAGAAGGACUCCGUGGAGAGCCACCCCACCUGGGUGGAUGACACUCGCAUCGACGCGGACGACAUUGUGGAGAAGAUCGUUCAGAGCCAGAACUUUGCUGAUGUCAGCAACAAUGAAGACAGCAACCUGAGACUGUUUGUCAGCAGAGAUGGGACCACAGCCUUGAGCGGGAUUCAGCUGGGAAACAGGGUGUCAGCUGGCGUCUUUGAGCCGGUGGUGAUCGAGAGCCAUUAGAAACCGUCAGUUUUGGCCAUGUGGUUCUCACCAUGUCCCCCCCUCACUGCCUCACAUGGAGACACGACACAAAACAAGCCUGAGGCAACCAUGUACUGCCUGUGAGGAAUGCACCACUUCAGAGGGUUCAAGUGUAUCUCAAGUAAACAAUCUGUCAGAUAUCCAGAUCUAUAACUUUAUUUACUGUUAGUCACAUAAAGAAUGUGGAGAACUCUACAUAGCCAAAUAACCACUUGUUCUCUGUUUGAAUGCAAUGACUUGAAGGCUUACAUUCCCCCCCAUGCUCGUCAGCAAACUGCUUGGUAUCCCAGUAACAAAAGGAUCAUGGGAAUUGCUCCACUGUGAAAAUACAGGAGAACAAGUUCCAUUGGACCUUUUGUCCAUUCCGCGUGACUGCCAAGGACUCUGGGAAAUGAAGUCUUUAGUUGUCUAAUGUAGUUCUUUUUAGAGGAAAGGAUCAAAUGUUAAAAGCUUAGCGCCACUGCUGCGAGUGUAGAUCUUAAACUUUUAUUAACCAUUUUGAGUUACUGGGGGCUAAACAGUUCUUAACAUAAUUUAACAGAAUGUAUGCUGCAUUGCUCUUAGAAGUAUUGAUC